AACACAUACACAAACUCUCGUUCCCACUUUCCAAUUCCACUCACUCACCCACUCUCAUGGCUUCCCACUACGAACUCCAAGUGAAGCUCGAGUCAGCGCGUGGAUUAAAAAACGUGAACUGGCGCCACGGCGCGAACCGCCCUUACGCCGUCGUUUGGGUGGACGCUAAGAACAAGUGCUCCACCAGCGUCGACGAAGACGGCGACACCGAAGCCACUUGGGACCAAACCCUAGUUUUUCCUCUUCCUCCUGAGCCUCUUGAGAAUCUGACGCUCCAUGUCGACGUGGUUCACGCCGGCUCCGAGGAGGACAUCGAGCCGAUCAUCGGCUCGGCUCGGCUCAAAUUAGUUGAAGUUCUUGAAGAAGUUGGAGUUGGAGCGCGCGUGCCCCGCACUCUCUCACUGAAGCGCCCUUCGGGAAGACCCCAGGGGAAUGUGGACGUUAAUGUCGUUAUAAGGGCGAGUGGUGGCUAUCGUACGCAGGAUGCGUAUUACGCGCCUCCUUUAGGUGUAAGGGACUAUUCCCCUGUGUCGCAGGGCUAUGGGUACCCUCAUCAGGAUAAUAAUAGUUAUUACCAUUCUGCGAUUCAAACGACGUCGUAUGCACAGCCUCAAACGGCGUCGUAUGGACAUGGGAGUGAGUACGCGCCGCGGGAAGAGAAGAGUAAGUUUGGGGGGAUGGGGACAGGAUUGGCUGUGGGCGCGGUGGCUGGGGUUCUAGGUGGAGUCGCGCUGGUGGAGGGUGUUGAUUUUCUAGAGGAGAAGAUUGCUGAUGACGUGGCAGAUAAUGUUGAGGAUGAUCUUGGAUAUGAUGAAGAUGAUUUCUAGAGAAUAAUAACUUUUCGCCUAACGGAUAUGAAAAAAAGAAAAGAAAAAGAAGUAGAGGAAAUGUUUCUUCUUUUUCAUUAAUGGUUGUUUGUUCUAAACCUUUUUUUUUCUUUCUUUUUUUGUUUUACCGUGGUUGAUGCGUGUACACUUUGCAUAUUUCUCUCUUUUUGUAUUCCCUCAGUUGUCGUGUUUGUCACGAUUAUUAUACAAAGAAUAAUGGUUUAAAGUAUUGUUCGAAA